AUUUUGAACGAGUGUCAGAACAGGAUAGGGCGCUGCGCAGUGCGCUGAUGCCAAUGGCAAUGGAGGGCAUGCACUGUGGGGAACAAUUCUUCUUUAAUUCUUCCAUCCACUCCCAAUUUGAAUCGGAGAGCGGAAGCGCGGCAUUGCCAGCAUGGGCCUACUUAAAAAGACUGUGGAGAGGGAGCUACUCAAGCCAAUCCUGUCUGCUCACAUGGGUCUAAGGUGCUUGAAGCUGUGCUUGAAGCUGUCUUCGAAAAUGCUGCAAUAUUGAGCCUGACUCAGUUUGGUCUGUAAGCAUUGCAUCUGACAGGGUCUAGGAGAGCGGAACCUCAGCUCCUGGACAUCCUCGUCAAUCGACACUGCCCUUACCAACUUAAUAAACUACCUUUGACACAACCAACUGCAACUGAGACUGCAACCAAGAUGUCGGGGGUUGGGCCUCCUGCCCGGAAGCCCUACAAGCCCAGGCAGCAUCCCCGUGCACCAGUCUCCUACACCUAUACAAGGCUCAGCGAGGCAAUCCAAACAGUAGGCACGGGCAAGGUGGUAAACAUCUAUGCUGUUGUGACGGACUUCGAGCAGCCUAGGAAGACCAGCGGAACAGACAACAUUGCCACCCUCACAGUGGUCGACAUGUCCUACAGCACCCCUGGAAUGCGCCUGCUCUUCUUUGCAAAGGACAUGGACUUGCUCCCCCGGGUGGCCGCCCCGGGGGACGUCAUCAGGAUACACCGCCUCGAGCUGAAGGAGUGGGGCAGCACCGUACAGGGCCAUGCAAAAGUUGGGAAGAAUGCGCACUACCUGCUCUUUGAUGGACAGCCCGACGGGCCGACGGAGCCUUACGCACAAUCGUCGCCCAACUUUACCUGGGAAGAGCAGGACAUGGGCUUCCUGCGCACACUACGGCGCUGGGGGGCGACGCACCCGCUUGACCCAGAUGGGUUAAGGAACAAAGGACACCAAUACAUGCGGACCAUCGCCUCUAUGGAGGACGAGGAACACAUCGACGUUUAUGCAAAGGUUCUUUGGGUGGAGGAGCGCGGCGAGGGGGGCGCUCAUCGACUGACGUUACACGUUUGGGACGGAACAGACGCCCGACCGGACUAUAUACCCGAGUCCCCAGACGAUGAAACCGACCCCUAUCUUCUUCCCCCGAGCCAACCGCCCCCCUCCGUGCUCGCCUCUCUCCCCCCCCUCGGAACGGCCCUUCCGAUCGUUACCGACGACAACGUGCCGCUCGCGGCGCUCUCUCUAAUGCCGGUCGCCGGAAAGUGGUACAAGUUUAGAAAUAUUAAAGUGGUGCGGGAGAAAGGGAGUUUGCGGGGGUACUGGGGCAAGAGCACCAAGGUGAUGGCGCUUGGGGAGGGGGAGCGGCACGUGCAAGAGAGACUCAGGCACUAUGCCGAGAGGGUGAAUGGGCCCGAGCGCAUCACGGACGAGGUGGCGUGGGUGCAGCAACGCUACUCCGUGACAGAUCAUGAUGACGUCCCCUUCUCCACCUUGCGGGAAGUGCUCGCAACCCCGGCGGAGGUCCGCAACUCCCGCUUCCGGUGCAUCGUCCGCGUCCGGUCCAGCUGGCCCCCGCGCACCGAAGACCUGUGCGUCAGCAUGACGUCACUCGACGACGCGCUGAGGGCAGCGGUAGAGGCCGACUUAGAAAGGGGAGUCUGUGGGGAGGCCCCGGGGGAUAGCCCGCGAAAUCCGGAAGGGGUUUCGGGGCCUGAGGGGACGUCUAGAAAGCGGCGGAGGCGGGAGGAGUGGGUGUUUCGAGCGACGCUGACGCUCGAGGAUCCGACGGCGCGGCUGAGUGCGGAGCUAUUUGGGAGGGAUGCGGAGACGUUCUUCGGCGGGUGGUCGCCCCGAAACUCACACCAAGAGGACGACGGCGUGGACGAGCUUCGGUGGAAAAUGGGUUUAGCGCUCGGCCAAGCCACCGCCCCAGAGGACGGAGACAACGAGGAGCCGCAGCAGCCAAGGGUCAGGGAUCCCCCUUGGCUGGUGUGCUGCAUACAGUCGUACGUUCCGGACGAUCCUAGCUCAGGUGGUCUCAGGUGCUACCGGAUAUUUGACACGAAGUUGGCGGCAUGAAUGUGCUUCCUGUGCAUCUGGUGUCAGGAAGUAUCUCCUGGCUGUCGCGCAUGUUAUUAGCGUUGCCUUCAACCCG